UGAAUUUCAGGGAAAAGUUCUGUUAUUGCUGAAACUCCUGUGUUACUGGUAACACUUCUCUACCUUUAUGCAUACCUGAAGCUUUGACUACAGUAUGCAGCACCCAGGCCGGCUGAGGCUGAGGCCAUGGCUGGAGGAACAGAUUGAGUCUGGCAACUAUCCGGGAGUCAGCUGGCUGGACCAGGCAGCACAAAUCUUCCAGAUCCCAUGGAAACAUGCCGCUCGUCAUGGAUGGAGCAUUGACCAAGAUGCUACACUCUUCAGGAGUUGGGCCAUGCACACAGGGCGGUACCACCCAAGCAAACAUGAACCGGAUCCUAAGACAUGGAAGGCAAACUUCCGCUGUGCCUUGAACUCCCUGCCGGAUAUCCUUGAGCUGCGGGAGCACAGCAGAAAGAGAGGCAGCAAUGCAUACAGAGUGUACAGGAUGCUGCCUAGAACACCAACACACCGACGCAGGAGGGGGCUGCAGUUGUUCAGAAGGACACGAGAAAGACAUGGGAGUUUAGUUGAUGAAACACAAAGUACACGUGCUUGGCAACCAAGAACAAGACCCAUUUCAGACACAACGCAGAAGGUUGGGACCCCCGCAGAAGGCACAUUUGGUAACAUGCAAACACAUGGCAUGUGGGAUGCCAGACCAGAGGAACAGGAGCAGAAUGAAGCUGUGUUUAAGUUGAUGGACCACUUGAAUAACACUGACGUCUGGAACCAGACUGAGGAGCAGAGAGAAUGGAGAACACAAACUCUGUGGGAUCACUGGCACCGUGCUGGGGAUGCUGACCCCUACUCUCUGCACACAGACAACUACAGUGAGCUUUUUGGUCCAAACUACAUCAAGGACCUCUCCGAUUGGUCCACACAUCAGCAAACACUGAUGCUGUAGUUUUGCAAAAAACAACUCGUGUUUUCGGCAGUUCUUGCUUAUAUUCAGCUUCUAUGUUCCUGCUGUCUGUCUGCUGAGCUGACCACUGAAAACAAGAAACUAAAGGGGGGGAGGAUAUUGCUCUGUCACUCAGUCGGGCGGUCAUCCUUUCUGCUGAGCAUGCUGAGAGGAAGAUCCUGUUCCAAGCCAAGCUUUCCUCUGUCAUUAUCAUUUGGGUUCACUACGGUUCAGUGACUCAAACUUACUGACAUGACACCAAGCUCUCACCACAGCUCACAGAUCCCAUGCUUCACUGCAGGAUCAGUUAUUUCUUAGAGUUUCACUGGAUGUUCAAGUAGCACACAGAGGCAUGAAAUGUACCUGUAACAGUUUGUAGGCUGGGGAGCGGAGUUUGAAACACCAUAGAAAUACACAUUCAUCUGAUAUAAACUGCAAACAAUGUAUGGAUGUUAUGCCCUAUAUAUGCAUUUGCUACAUACACCUUUAUACCUAUUUGGUUUAAACCCUAAUUCUAGGUGUUUUCAGAGAAACUCCAUUUUGUAUAUUUUUCUGUUUUUACAGCUGGUUUUUGGUGAAAUUGUACAACAUGUUUUUGUGUUUGCUUGUCAUUUUAAAUUAAACUGUGAAGCAACUAAA